CAGAAGCUCAGAUCCAGGUCAAAGUCCCACCGGCCACGGAGGCCCCACUGACCCUGGCUGGGUUGUUCCACCCUUCAGCCCCAGGAUGCAGAUUAACCAGGGGAGCGCAGCCGGAGGAGCCUGAGGAACCAGGGGCCCCCAGGGUGCCGGCAUCCCAGCUGAGCCGUCAUGCAGCGCCCUGUGAGGGUGAAGACCUGGGUGGAGGGGAACCGAGCCUUCUUCCUGCCGCCCGUCUGCAACAAGCUGCUGCACCAGGAUCAACUCAAGGUCAUGUUUGUGGGGGGCCCCAACACCAGGAAGGAUUUCCACAUCGAGGAGGGGGAGGAGGUGUUCUACCAGCUGCAGGGUGACAUGGUUCUCCGGGUGCUGGAGCGUGGCCAGUACCGGGAUGUGGUCAUCCGUCAGGGUGAGAUCUUCCUGCUGCCCGCCGGGAUCCCCCACUCUCCGCAGAGGUUUGCCGACACCGUGGGCCUGGUGAUUGAGCGAAGGCGGUUGGAAACGGAGCUGGAUGGGCUCAGGUACUACGUGGGGGACACCACGGACGUCUUGUUCGAGAAAUGGUUCUACUGCGAGGACCUCGGCACGCAGCUGGCGCCCAUCAUCCAGGAGUUCUUCAGCUCUGAGCAGUACAAGACGGGGAAGCCCAUUCCAGCUCAGCUGCGCCCCAAGCCGCCCUUCGCCCUGAGCACACGCACUGUCAUGGACCCCAUGCCCCUGGGGACCUGGCUGGAUGGCCACCGACGGGAGCUGCAGGCAGGCAGGUCCCUCAGCCUGUUUGGGGACACCUAUGAGACGCAGGUGCUGGUUCUCGGACAAGGCAGCAGCGAUUUCCCCAAAAGGACUGUGGACAUGUGGCUGUGGCAGUUGGAAGGCUACUCUGUGGUGACAUUGGGAACAGAGCGUCUGGGCUUGGCUACUGACGACAGCCUCCUGGUGCCAGCGGGGACAGCGUUCUCCUGGGCGAGGGCCCAAGGCUCGGUGGCACUGGCGGUUAUACAGGACCCUGACAACAAGAAGCCCCUCGGCUGAUGCCUAUGGAGGACUCCUUCCCCCUGCUGCAAGGCCACCUCACUGCGUGUCCCCUGUGGGGUCCCCUUGCCAAAGUCUCACGCUGCCCGGCUGAGACCGUGUGACCCCCGUCCAGAUUCCUGUCCUCCAAAGUGGCUGUAAUAAAGGUCCCAGAUCAUGUGA